AUGUCUUCUCGAGCAAUCGCUGUUCUGAUGCUUCUUUUGCCUCUGAUGAUGACAAAUUCCACGGCCACACCGAGCCCCAUAGAGCAUUGCCUGAGGAUGCGACUGUAUCCUCCGUCUCCUCCACCGGCGGGUUCGGAACUCUUUAAAAUCUACGAUUUCAGUCGCAGUCUAUGCCAAGAUGUGUUUCGCGGUGUCAGACAUUCGCUGCGGAUAACAGGGGAAUUGCCUCUCGAUUACAUAAUUGCCCUCUGUGACAUCUUCGGCGACAACGAGGACAAGGUUGAGAGUUACGUCAAACACAUUCUCGGAACGAACGAUUUUCUCAAGCUUUCCGGGGGUCGCACUUGCGCCACCAUCCGAAUGAGGCAACGCGCCAACCCGGACAGGUCCUCACUCUGGUGA